AAAUCCCAAGCAAAGUAUAUAGUCUAGCAUCUUCGCAUAGAAGAAAACUACUCCUAAAAAAGAAUCAACAAACAACACAGUAUAAACCUUAGAUUUCAUAUACAUCAAAAUCUUCUCACUCUUACUAUAACACACAAACCGUCACUUUUUUCCCGAUGACCGACCCAUCUCGUCCUGCCACCGGUUACCCAGCCCCACCACAAAACGGUUACCCACAACACCAACAACCACCACCACAACAAUCAAACUACUAUUACCCAAACCACAACCCUUACAACUACAACGCGCCACCACCUUACUAUCCACCACCACCACGCGCCACCUUCUUCCGUCGUUUCUUCGCCGCACUUAUCGCUGUUUUUAUCAUCUUCGGCGUCAUUCUCUUAAUCGUAUGGCUCGUACUCCGCCCUCGUAUCCCUUCUUUCACUGUCGACUCACUUUCUCUCUCCUCCCUCAACGUCUCCAAUUCUCCUUCUCAGAUCUCUGGUUCGUGGACUCUUCGAUUCUCUGUGUCAAACCCUAAUCACAAACUCCAUGUUUACUACGACGAAAUCGACGCUCGUUUGUUUUAUAGAAACUCGUUGAUUACUCAAAAUCAACUUCCGCCGUUUGAUCAAGGGACGAAGAAUCUCACUUCUAUGGAUGCUCAUCUUGUUGCGUCGUCUGCUUAUAUUGAUUCUAAUUUAGUCAGUAGAAUUAAUGGAGAUCGUUCUAGAGGUAGUGUGAAUUUCGAUGUUCAAGUGAUUGCGUUGGUUAGGUUUAAAGCUGGGGGUUGGAGAGCUAGACGACGAUUUCUUAGGGUUUUUUGCGACGAUUUGAGUGUUGGAUUUUUGUCGAAUUCUUCGAGAGGAAGUUUAUCUAAUGGGCCUAGGCGAUGUGCUGUUGGAAUCUGAUAUUCUGUUUUCCAGGUGAUUUCUUUAUGGUCACAGAAAGAGAGAACAUUUUGAUUGUUUUUCGUGUUAUGUUGUUAAUGCUGUUAAUCUUUCUGUAGAUAUAAUUAGAGAACUUUUUUUUAUGAAAUGUAUAGAUUAUGGUUAAUUGGUUAUGUUAUGCCUCCGAAAUCCCAGAAAAAGAAGAAAAACCCUAAUUUGUGGCUCAAUUAGUUUUAGUUUUUCAUUUGCGUGACUCGUCGUAAGUAACACAGUGUUUGAAGUUAUCAUGGUGUUGUCAUUGUUUGUUGGCUGGAGAAUUUGGGAUGUGAAGUAAAAAUAAAGGAUUGUAUAAUGUACCUUGGAAUCGGAAAAUGAAGCGCAUUUUUUAGUUUUCAAGAGUUAAAAGAAUUUGAUUUCUCGA